AUGAAUUCAAGUAUUAAAACGCGUUUACAGGAUUCAUAUCCUGCUACACAAUCCUACGCUAAACCACAUGAAUACGUCUACACCACCUUUUCACGAUCCAUCGCAUCCGAAAUUUCAAUUCCAUCUCAAACUACCGCUCACAAUGACGUUACGGAAAUCUUCAAUCAACGCAUUAUCAUUUUCAGAUCAAUCUCUUGCGCGACACAUAAGCUUAAACCAUUACAUUUGGUGAUAAAACAUCGAGAAAUACUUGACAAGAAAAUUGCAAAUCAACAAGACAUCAUUCGAAGGAAUAAGUUUCAACAGAUAUUUGAUACACGUCAACGAGAGAAACACCUUUUAGAAAAUUUUUGUGGUCAAGUGUUGAAGGAUGAAAGAAUUGUAAGAACAAAACUCAACAAACUAGUUAAAAUAAUAGAACGUCAAGUUGAUGAAAUUGUGUUGUCAAAAUUGAAAAAAGAUGAUUUAAAUGAAAAGGCUGAUGUUAAAAGAAAAGGCAAACAAGUUGAAAUUUGCGAAGGAAAUUAA